UCAUUCUGUAGGUCAAGGAGCUGCAGCUGGUGCAUCCAAUGGCAACGGAGCAAGACCAAAUGGUCAGGCUGGAGCUAGAAGUAAACCCAUGAAGGGAUAUGGCCGACCACCAUAUGGUGCAGGUCCAGGUAUGGGAAUGGGAGUCCCCAGAGGUUUGGGAGUACCUCAGCUGGCCAGGAGCUAUAAUGGUCAUGGAGCUCAGCCCAGAGGAGGCUACAAUGGCGGUUAUGGCAGUGCUGGUUUGGGUAUGGGACCUCGUUAUGGAAAUGGAGGGAUGAAGGGCCCUAAGCAAGGCUAUGGUGCUGCAGCUGGUGCAUCCAACGGACAAGGCGCAAAACCAAAUGGUUAUGCUGGAGCCAGAGCACCAAACGGAAAUGGAGCUGUGCCAAAUGGUUACGGAUACCAGACGAAUGGUGGAGCUUCCAAGCCAGCAAAACCAGGGUUUGGUAAUAUUCCAAAUGGAUAUGGCGCAAAACCCAACGGAUAUGGAGGCCCCAGAGCAGGUUAUGGAAAUGGAGCACUUCCCAAUGGAUAUGGAGCCAAACCCAAUGGUUAUGGAGCUGCAGCUGGACCUAAUGUUCCCAAAGGAUAUGCACCCACACCAAACGGUCACGGAGUUAGAAACGGUGCCCCACUGGGUGGAUAUGGAGGUAAAUCUAACGGUGACGGAGGCUCAAAACCUCAAAAAAAUACCAAAGGAGUAGGAGCAGUUUCACCCAGUGAAGGUGUGAAAACACUUGGCAAUGGUUAUGGCGGUGUACCUAAUGGACCGUUGGCUAAAGCUGCCAAUGCCGGUUAUGGAGUGAUGCCAAAUGGAAAGGGUCAAGCUACAAACGGGGCAGGAGAUUCCAAUCAAAAAGGCCUUAAAGGUGGAGUUUUCUCUCCUCAGCAGCCCAGUGCAGCACCAGAGGAGGGCGUCGCACCUCAGCAAGCUCUAACUGAAGCUGCAGUGCUGGUUGCACCUGAGCCCACCAGUGGCAUCCUUGUUAUGGUCACACAGGAGAAGCACAAAAAGCUGCCUUCACCAGUGCCACAAGGAAAAAGCUACAAACAGACGCCGCUAAUCCCUGAGGCCACACCAGAACCAGCACCGGUACUUCUUGAAACCAGCGACCCUCAGCCUGCAGCUGGACCCACAUCUGGACCUGCACCAGAGCCGGCAGCUGUCUUCCCUCAAGAGAAUGGAGGAGUCACCAAGGGACAGGGAGCUCAACCAGCCAAUCCCGACUGUGGACCAUCAGGAGUACCAAACGGACAAUGGAUGAAAAUACCUCGACCUGGUUAUAAUGGAGGUGCUGGAGCAGCCGGUGGCACAAAUACUAAAGGUUACGGAGCAGGAACUGGUGCACAAAAUGGAUUUGGUGCUAAACCCAAUGCUUUUCGAGCAGGAGGCUACACCUUCCCUGGACUCAGCAAUGGAUACGGAGCAGGUUAUGGACAAGGAGCUUAUCUUGGAGCUGGAUAUGGAAAUGGGAACUCAUAUGGAGGGUAUGGAAACGGCUAUGGUGCUGGUGUGCAGCCUGACUAUGCAAGUCUUGGUCAAGGUGUGCCGACUGCAGAGGGUAAAUCAGGUACAGUAGGCAUUGGAGGACUACAGUUUGGAGGUCAGCCCGCCGGCACAGGAAUGAAUAGUGCAGGAAAGUAUGGUUAUGGAGCUAGCCCCUAUGGGCCUGCAGGUGAUGGUAAAUCAGCAGGAAAAUAUGGAUACGGUGGGUUUCCCAACGGUGGGCAACUUCUUGGUCUUGGCAGUAAUGGAAACACUGCCGGUUAUGGACAGCUGCCUUAUGGAGCUCAACCAGCUGGACUGGCUCCUGAAACAAAGUCUACUGGUCUGGCUGCGUCACCGUAUCAGCCUGAGCAGCUCGGACUUGGAAAUAACGGGAAACUAACAGGAAAAUAUGGUGGCGGUGAGGCUGCCUACUCACCACAGACUCUUGGUUAUGGGGGUGAAGUGAAAUCUUCGGGGAUAUAUGAUAACCAGGGAGCUUACCAGCCGCAGCCUCCUGAGUCCACAGCUGAAGAAACAGCUGGUUUAAGUUAUGAGCCUCUGCCUCUGGAGCCAGAUUCAGCUGGAAAAUCUUACGUGAAGGGAGAGGUGCCGACUCCAGCACUUCCAGCUGAAGGUGAGGGGAUGCCCAUCGAUAGAUAUGAAAAUGUGGGAUACAUAAAUGGACAAGUGCAGCCAGAAGUGGCUGCAUUCCCUGCUCCCACCCCCAGCCCCGACCUGGCCGACCCAUCUGUCCCUGCCUACCUCCCCAUAGAGGACUCCUUCACGCCUGAUGUGGUACCUGGACCGGAUGUUCAGGACUUGCCCGACCCAGUGGACACAGCCAGCCCCGUCUUUGAUUCCGCGCCUGUUACAGAAGCACAAGGCGAAGCUCAGGGUCCUGAGCAACCUGACGACCUGCUGCAACAGCAGCUGCCACGUCAGAUACACAUUCAGCAGCAUCUCAAACUGCAUUUUCACCCACAAGGAGCAAAGAAUAACAAAUAUGAUUUGAAUGGUUUCUUUGGGAAUAGUGGCUAUCAAGGUUAACUCUACUGACAACAACAAUUAUAACCAUUUUUUUUAGUGUUUUAUUAUGUUUGAUUGUUUCCUAAUUGUAUAUUAUUUUUAUUUUCUUCUGUCUGUCAAAUCGUACUGGUAGUCAUAUGUAGUGUACAUUUUUAUGCAUCCAGAUUUCACCUUUUUUCUGCACUUACUGUUCACUGUAUGCUAAGAAACUGUCGUUUGUCUGCUGCAUAUGGUCAGUAUUUUUAUUAAAGCAGUCUCGUUUUGGGGGGAUGUCAAAAUAUUUCUACAAGAUAAUAAUUCAGUCUAAUUUAUUUUCA